AUGGAAGUCGAGAAAAAAAACUACGACAAAAAUGAAGACAAACAAUCCAAAAUGAAAGGAUUGACUGGUUAUAUAUUAUUUUUAUUAUUUGGUAUUGGGACAUGGCUUAAUUUAAAUGGUAUAUGGAUUGAACUACCAUUAUUAAUUCCUCAAUUAUCUGAAGGAUGGGCAUUAUCAGCUCAAUUAGGAAUGGCAAGUAAUAUAGCAAAUAUAGGUCCAUUAAUAAUAGCAUUAAUUCGUCAUUUAAUUGGUAAAUCACGAUCGUAUGAAGUCCCAUCAAUAUGUGUUAUAUUUGCAGUUGGUAUAACAGUUCCGUUGAUACUUUCAUAUACAUGGUCAAUACAAACAUUAUUAUUUGGAAAAACUCGCUCUGUUUGUUUAUUAAUUCUGGGCUUUUUUCUUGCAUUAGUUAAUUGUACUUCAUCAGUAACAUAUCUUCCAUUUGUUAAUCAUUUUGAUAAGAAAUGGUUGAAUAUUUAUUUUGGUGGUGAAUCAUUAUCAUCAUUAAUUCCAGCUAUGCUUGGUCUUAUACAGGGUGUUGGUCAAGCACCAGAAUGUGUUUUAACGUCUUCAAAUCCCGCAAUAAAGGAAGCAAAAUAUCAUCCAGCUCGAUUUUCAGUUAACAUAUAUUUAAUUUGUUUAAGUAUAAUUAUGUUAAUAUCAUUUUGUGCAUUUGUUAUUCUUUGGAAAAGAGAAAAAAAAGAUACAGAAAAAAGUCCAGCUGUACAAAUAAUUAUUGGAGAAAAUGCUCAAAGUUCAUUAUUAACUUAUAAUAAUGAUGAAAUAAUUGUUAAAGAUGAAAAUGAUAAACAAGAACAUUUUACAACGAGAACAAUUGUUUAUUUGUUAAUUAUACUUUGGACAAGUAUUCUAUUAAUUGGAUGUAUUCCAUCAAUUAAUUCAUAUUCACUUAAUCCUUAUGGAGCAACAACAUUUCAUUAUGUUAUCAUUUUAUGUCAAUGUUGUUAUCCACUUGUUUCAUGCAUAGCAACUUUUUUUCCAAGUCUAUUUAAUGUAUCAACUAUUGGAAUCACUAUUUCAACUAUAUCAGGAAGUUUAGCAUGUUUUUAUAUAUUUCUAACAGCUUAUCUAUCACCAUGCUCACCUUUGGUUGAUGAAAUAAGUGGAAAAUAUAUAAUUGCAAUUGUAUGGGCAAUUGUUUAUUUAGUAUUCUAUUAUGAACGAAUUGCUCUCGGAAAUUAUUUCAAUAAUACAUCAGGUCAUCGAGGUCUAUUUUGGUAUGGACUUUUAACACAAGCUGGAGCUUUUACUGGAGCUCUCAUCAUAUUUAUAUUAACGAUUUUGGAUGUAUUUAAAGAAAGAGAUUUAUGUGCCAAUUAUAAUUGUCAUUGA